UCUCCCCAGUCCUUGGAGCCCCCGCGUCAACCGGCAAUGAUGUCGCGUCAUCUUCACAGCUGCGAACGACACGACGUUAUUUAAACGUCGUAAAUAGUUUCUCUGAAGGAAACUUGACACCUUUAACCCAAGUCUGCUGAGAAACACCAGCAGCGUAUCCCAACCCUGUAGGAAUUACAACACCGACAGUGAUGAUCAACCAAGAAGGAUUCCAGAACCAAGGAAUACCACGGGAUGUCCAAACUCCAUGGAGAGAAAAAACACAGCAAGGAUAACGUAACCUGUUGAAUUUUGAAGAGGAAAAAACGUAUAUCGUGUUUUAGAACCAAUUAGGAAACCCUGUCUAGUAACCCGGCUGGAAAAAGGAGCAGAUUUGGACCCCAGAAGAUGUAAUCAACCACAGGAUAUGACUGGGAUAACUACUUGGCAAGGUUGACGCCCAGCUGGGAUAAAGCAGUCACCAAAAAAAUACGAAACUCACUUCAGAUAGGAUCCUUGCUUAGAGAAAUGAAAAAAAGCAAGAGAAGCAAAUCCACGUGAGAACAGUGUAUGAGAAGGCAGUCAGGAGGAGGCCCAGAGAGAAAGCAUCAGAUCGGUGCUUUGGGAUCAGUAAACCAGCAACAGUAUUAAGGGUUCCAUAAGAAAGGGAAAGUGAGGACACCAUAAAAAAAAAUGGAUACAUGACGACACUUUAGGGAUUAAAAAUAUAGAAUUAAGAAUAUGCAUCACUAACCAGCAGGAAUCCAAAACGUGUGUGGUACAGAACGCAGGAAAAUCUGUGUAUGACAAUCAUUCAGGGAUAAUUAAGUUAACAAAUGAACCCAAUGAAGCAUGGAUAUAUGAGAACCAAAUAGGGACAAGGUCAAGAGGCCAAACCAAUUGAGAAUCCAGCAGUUCCUAUGUGGAACAGUCAGGCUCCAAGAAAGAAUCCAGAAUGCAAAAGAUUCUGAAAUUCCAGUAAUAUACAGCACCCUAUAAGAAUCUAGCAAUCGGGAACUGUUGGAAUCCAACAGAACGGGCUACAUUAGAGAAAAGUUCUUCCACAGCAAUGUUUGCUACCCUUCACAGUUCCAUCGACUAACACCACCACACUAUCGCCAAACGGAGUUCAUGGUAUCAUCGCAGAGCCAGUACGGGGGAUUCGGGAUGGGCUUCGGAAACCUAUCGUUGAGCACAGCUGGACUGCCCUCCUUCAAGUUCCGUUCAAGAAGCGAAAGCCUGGACUGGAGGCGGCUCAGCACUAUAGACGUGGAACGAGUGGCCAGAGAGCUGGAUGUCUCCACCCUGCAGGAGAACAUCAUGAGCGUGACCUUCUGUAACUUGGACUCUGAGAGGUGUCCCUCUUGCCAGAACCUGGUUGACCCAGUUUUACUGAAGGUAAUGAAGCUGGCCCAACUUAACACAGAAUACCUCCUUCACUCCCAGGACUACUUCACAAGCAACAUCCAGGCACUGGAGGAGCAGCUACAGCUGGCCAUGGAAGAGCUGGAGAAGAGCAGGAAGGAAAUAGUUAAGAAGACGGAGGAGUUAAAGGGCGUGAAAGAUGAGGGCCGACGGCGCAAAAAGAUGAUCGCAACUCUUCAGCUGCUUGUGCAAGCAGGAGCCAAUAAUUAUCACAAGUGCCAACUCUGUGACAAGGCAUUUGUGAACUAUUCCUUCAUGCAAGCACACAUUGAGCGGCGCCACCCAGAGAUCACUCAGGCUGAGAGAAAAACGAAACAACAGACGGCGCAGAUUGUGGACGAGAUCGAGGAGCUCAGGGAGCGCUUGCGCCUCAGCCAGUCACAGCUGCAAGUCGAACGUGAGGCUGAUUCCCUCCGACGGGACCAGGAAGCAGAAAAUAUCCGAAGGAGAGAGGAGGAACUGAGGAAGGAAUUUGAAACUUGGAAGGUGGAUGAAAGGAAAAAGAUCCUUCAAGAAAUGGAUAGCCUCAGACAGCAACUUCUGAUGGAGUUCCAGGAUAUGACAUCAAAGAACCUGUCUAUUGAGGCUAAACUGCAGGAGAUUCAAUCGAGGAGCCCAGUAAUUUCCAAAGUGGAGACAUUUCACGAGAAGGAUCAAGCGGAAGAACUCAGAAACUGGAGGGAGAGAUAUGAGAAAUUGAAAAAGGAUUCCAAAAAGAAGAUGAAAGAUGUUCAUUCCGAGCAUGCAACUGAACAGGAGCAGAUGAGGACUGAGAACGAAAGGCUAAGAUCGACUUUAUCAGCUGACCAGCGGACAGCAGCAGAAUAUUUCCAGAAGCAAAUCGGUGUACUCACUGCAAAAGUCAAAGAGCAGAGUGUGGUCAUCUUGUCACAGGGGGAUCAGAUCAGGACUAUUUCAUCACGACCUAUUCAAGCUGCUGUCGUGAGCCAAGAUUCAGAAUCUGAGAAAGAUGACGAUUUGGAGAGUACUUUAGACCGCAAGCAGCAGCUUCUGGACACCCUGCGGCAGAAUCCAAAAUUCAUCAAACAGUUUCGCCCCAUCUUGGAAGAGUCAUUGGAGGAGAAGUUGGAGAGCAUGGGCCUGAAAAAGGGUUCGAAGGGAAUCCCGGCCCAAACACUGAAAAGCAUGAGCAUGACAGUGGGGAAACAGCGUGAGAGCAAGGCCAAGCAUUUUCAUGAGUUCACCAGCCUUCGCAAGCGCUUUGCAAGGAUUGCCAUAGAGAAGGUGAAAGAGAAUCAUCACACCGAAGGUUACUCUCCCCCUCGGUCAAGUAAAGUGCGGAGACGCAUCAGCUCAUCACUGAAUGCGGCGGGUGACAGCAAACGUCCUCGAGCUGUUCCAUCAAAACCAUCUCGAGUGAUUGACUCAAAGGUCCACCAGACACAAGUAUCCAAACCAGCUGCACAGCACAGAACUGCCAGUCCACCUCGCUCGGCUGCACUUAGUGCCAGCACGCCCCCAUUCUCUUCUGAUGACGACUCCGUUGUGGACAGUGCCUACGUCACCAGUGUGGGUGUCAAAGACGCUCCAAAGGUCAGCAUUGUCCAGUGCAAACCGAAGCAGAGACAGGCCACCAUGAGUGAUGAUGAAGACUGGUCAGACACUGACAUCUCAACAGGGGUGCUGAGUCCACCUGCAGCCACCAUGGUCCGCAGUCCGCCAGGGACUAUGGUUCAAAGCAUGGCUAGGAGCCUGGAGAAACAGAUGAGUUCUCCAGUGAAGAAACCCAUCGGGGGAGUGAAACUCCUCCCUGCACCUCAAGCUGCCCCUCAACCUUCUCCAAAGAACAGUACCAUGGUGAAGAAACUGCAGUUGUCGGACGAUGAGGAGAGCGAGCUGGACAUCUCGUCCAUCGAGGAUGUGUCAGAAGAGUUUGCCCCAAAAAUAAAAACUUCGAAGCCUGUGCCAGUGCCACGGCAAAGUAUUGAACCACCUCUCUCUCAGGGAACUAGUGCCUGGAGCUCGUCAGCCACCAGAGGGCAGAAAGAGGCCAAUAUGGGCGCUUCAUUGAAAAGCAGCAGUUUUGCCACAGUAACGGACAUCAGUGACUCCGAACUCAAUUUUCUCUGAUCACCAUCAAGACUUGCCUCGAUUGACAGAACCGUUCCCGUUCAGCUUCGUUCUUCAGCGUAUGUCCCCUCUGGCCCAGUCAUUGCUGUGCCCUAAUGUAAAGGCACGUCCUUGCUAUCCUGCCUGGUAACCUGUGCUGCCUGUUUGUCAGGGUCACUAACUCUGGUGGAGAAGAACCCUGAAUCUACCAUUAGAUGAACAUGUGCCACCAACUGCCCCUUCCCCAACAUCCUGACAUUGAACUCUAGGCACCAGCCCCACACUGCCCUCUCAUAACUGCUCACAUGGGUAACCUUGUGUCAUAGAGUCAAACAGACCAUUAUUUUUAUAUAUAAGAAAGGAAUGCAUUUAAUAAAAAUAAAUGUUCUUAUUUUUCUUUG